CUGGAAGAGAGAAUCUUCAGCUCCUCCAGACAACAGGAGAGGUCAAAGGACAUUCAGGUCAACAUGGGUAUGGCGUGGGAGAAAGAGAGGCGCGAACAGAGAAGGCUUCUGGCUGAGGCUCAUACUCUAGCUCUGGACCUACAGGAACAGCUUAGAUCAAGAGAUGAAGCGUUUGCGCAUGAACGGAAAGAACUGCUGCAUCAGAUGGAAAACGAACGAAUUACUUUAACCAAAGAAAAGAGAGACAUUGAACGUAAAGUGAUGGAG